CCCACACACAAGUCCCAAAGCAAUUUGGAAGCACCAUCCAUCCUAGCCAGGCUCCCAGUAGCUAGCAGCUUACUCAAGGAAGCAGCGGCGGCAGGCGGCAGCAGCGCAACGAGUGCUCAGGACAAGGAGACAUGGCGUCCAUGAUGGGAGGAGACUUCGUGGAGGCCUACGUGCUCAAGAACGCCUACAAGGAGAAGCUGAGGCGCAUGGACCAAGCCGAAGCCGCGGCGGCGCUCGACGGCGCAAAGAGCAGCAAGGACGCCGCCGGGGCCGCUGGAGAGAAGAAGGAGGCUGGUGGUGCGAGCAGCAGGGGAGGAUUCUUUGGCCUCAUGAAGAAGAAGGUGCACCCCAAACCCAAAGCGGCGGCGGGGGCGGCCACUUCCUCUUGAUUAUAUUGCUACUGUAUUUGCCAUGCCACGAAAUUGUAAGCCGCAGCUUUCUUCUAGCUAGGAGUGUGUGUGUAGGUUUGUUCUUUCGAUCAGCUUCUCUUGGAGGAGUGUGUAAAGCAAGUUCUUUUGUUAAUUGUUCAAAACAAGUCGACGGAAAUUAAGUCAAGGAUAAUCCUUCAUUAGUUGGGUUGACCUC